CAGCAAGGUGGAGCCGCCCACCGAGACUCCGAGGCCAUAAACGGAGCUCUUCGCGCAAUAUAGCAAGACGCGCAGCACCGGCAGCCGACAGAAGAGAGCAGGGCGAGCCGGCAUCGUAGUCGCGUGGCGGGGCGGCAGUAGCGGGCAGAAUGAAAGGGCCGUCGGUGGCGCCGGCGUCGGAGGUGAUCCGCGAGGGCGAGCUGGAGAAGCGCAGCGACAGCCUCUUCCAGCUGUGGAAGAAGAAGCAGGUGGUGCUGAGCAAGGAGAGCCUGAGCCUCUUCUCGCCCGAGGGCGGCGUCGGCAGCGUCGGCGGCGUCGGCGGCAGCAGGGCCCGCGCCAAGGAGCUGCGCUUCGGCUCCAUCCAGAAGGUGGACUGCGUGGAGCGCACCGGCAAGUACGUCUACUUCACCAUCGUCACCACGGACCGCAAGGAGAUCGACUUUCGGUGCCCGGGCGAGAGCUGCUGGAACGCCUCCAUCACCAUGGCGCUCAUCGACUUCCAGAACAAGCGCGCCAUCCAGGACUUCAAGAGCCGGCAGGAGGCCGUCGAGCAGGCGGCGGCGGGCAGUCGCGACCGGCGCUUGGCUCGGGCGCCUUGAACCCCGCGCCCGCCCAGCCCCUCCGCGGAAAAGCCUAGCCGAGAGCAUGACCAUGGAACACAAACAAGAUUUAAUAACUUGGAUUGUGAUUUGAUUGCGCUGGUGCAGGAAAUCAAUGAAGAAAAGCAAAGAAGGAUGAUGGAAGUUGCUAGAUUUCUUCAGAUGCAAUGAAGCUGCUGAAUUGAAUAGUUGAACUUUCACCGAAAAGCACUUGCAAACCAAAGACCCUUUGAAAAAACCAAAGUCUGGUUAACCAAGCAAGAGAUCCAGCUUGCAAACUGCUAUUUUCUUUUCUAUUUAUAUGAUAGACAAUUCUGCACCAUUUGGUGGGGGAAAAUACUUUUAAAUUAUUUGUAAUAGCUGUGUUUUAUAUUUUUGAUGAAUGUUUUUAAUAUUGCUUUUUGUGUUCACGUGUCCAUUCCAGAUAAACUGUUCUUUUUAUCUUCAUGUCCCAAAUAAGCCUCAUGGACAGAAAUUUUGUAAUGCUCAAGAGUAUUCUGAUUUUGGAGUAGUCUGAUAAAUGCAGUACUUUACAGGCAUCUGACCUCUGAGAAAUAUUGUUAUGUCUGGCUGAAAUUACUUUCAAAUAGCAGCACAAAAAUUAUGUAAUUGUGAACAACUAAUUUUGACUCAUUAAUGGCUAAAUAAAAUUUCACCCUGGGUUCAAGGUAUAGUACAGGGACUGAGAAGCCUUUAAUCUAUAGACCCUCUGGAUGCAGCCUUCCCCACUCUCUCCUGAACCUUCCACACACCAUCCCCCCCCAUGUUAAAAAUGGGCUGGUAGGAAGACAAGAUGAUGUUCAAUACCUAAUUUACUUACAACUUUGAACCAGGGAGGAAUUCUGACAAAUUUAAAGCAUCCCAUACUCAUUUCUGAUAUUUUAGCCACUUUUAUGGAGUGUAGAAAAUUAUUCUACUUAUAGAAACAGCCAUUUCUCUGCUUGCAUAAGGUUCUCGAGAUUAAAAUUCAUGUACUGCCUAUUGGAGAGAAAUUUAAGACCUAUUAUUUUCAGUGGAACCUAUUUCCAACUAGAUGACCUCUUUGCUAGGCCACAGAAUUCUAUUGGUGUUAGUUUUUUAUGAAAGCAUCCUCAAACCCCCAUAGUGUUGGCAUAUUAUGUGAUGAACAUUGUUUUCUUUUUUUAAAAAGUAAUAAUUUGGAGCAGCAGUGAAAGCUUUCUCAUUGUCAUGCACUAAUUCUCUUGGAGAAGACUGAAUUAAAAUUAUCUCUAAUUAGCAA